UUAAGGGAUCAGAAGCAAACGGCUGCUAACCCGCGGCCGAGCUAACGGUAACGGGGACGCAGCGGGCUUGCAGCGUCUCUUUCCCCCCCCCCCCCUGACGCCGCCGCCGCCGCCGCAUUCCGGGCUCCGUCCUCCCCCGCGAGCAGCGCGCCGACAUGUCCGCAGACGACGACCGGGCCAAGGAGAUCCUCAAGGGCUUCAAACUGAACUGGAUGAACCUCCGCGAUGCCGAGUCGGGGAAGGUUCUGUGGCAAGGCACCGAGGACCUGUCGGUGCCGGGAGUCGAACACGAAGCUCGCGUCCCGAAGAAGAUCCUGAAGUGCAAGGCGGUGUCGCGCGAGCUCAACUUCUCGUCGUCGGAGAAGCUGGAGAAGUUCCGCCUGGAGCAGAAAGUCUUCUUCAAGGGCCAGUGUCUGGAAGAGUGGUUCUUCGAGUUCGGCUUCGUCAUCCCCAACUCCACCAACACGUGGCAGUCGCUGAUCGAGGCGGCGCCCGAGUCGCAGAUGAUGCCGGCCAACGUGCUAACCGGCAACGUGAUCAUAGAGACCAAGUUCUACGACGACGACCUCCACGUCAGCACGUCCAAGGUGCGGCUCUUCUACGUCUGACGCCGCGUUUGGGCGGUUCGCUAACCGUCCGGCUAGCGCUAGCGGCGGCGGCGGCGCCGGAGAGGACGACCACGACGACGUCGGAAGGAGGGGAAAAAAAAAAAAAAAAAACGCAACAUUGUCUUUGUUUUGUUUUUUUGUUUCCGGUUUUCACUCAGGAACCCGACGUUAGCCCCGUUAAGCUAGUUCUUUAUAUUUUUGUUUGUUUUUUUUUUUUAAUGGAACUGGUUCAAGCUAGCUCACUAGCGUUAGCACAAAAGAGGGGUCCCUCCCCCCAGAGAUAGAGCUAGCUAGCUCGUUAGCUAGACACGUUAGCUUCCGUGCUAGCCACAUUUUUUGUUUAUUUGUUUCAUUUUCGGUUUUGCUAGCUUGUAGCGGUUUGUUCAGCGUCACGACACGUCGUGUCAAUAAAGUUCUGUCAAGUUUGAA